CAACUUUAUAGUUGCCUGCACAGCAUCAUUACUGUGUUGGAGUUUGUGUGAUGGGGGAAAAAGAACACAAAACUUGUGCUCUGCUGGUUGAGAGCUGUUGAGCCUGCAUUUGCCUUCCUGUGGCCCCGAGCUUGAGAACCUCUUUCUGAUUUAAGCUUGUCCAUGUGACUUUGGUUUCCGUUGCUUGCCUGCUUCCGUGAAUAGUAAAAAGAGGCAUCAGGGCUUCAGUGAGAACAGAAGAAGGCAGCUGAAUCUCACACACGAGAACACACUGCAACGAGCAAGUCAACCAGCGAUAUGGUCAGGGCAUCAACCGUCAGUGGCUUGGGAAAUCCACACCUAACCACCAGCUGAGGAUGUUAAAAUGCCAGUCCACAGGCUCACUACCAUCCUGCUUUGCUUGUUACCCGUGUGGAGAAUCCUGACGCCAGUCUCAAGUCAUCCUCAACACAGCCGAUGCCAACUGAUACAAAGAACGGCUGUCUGCAAUAAUGGCAAGCUCUCCUUUGUGCCUGCAGGACUCCCGGACAACCUGGAGGAGCUUCAGCUCAACGACAAUCACAUUCAAACACUACAGGACAAUUCUCUCCUCGGUUAUCCCUCACUUAACACUCUGAGCGUAGCUUGUAGUAGUUUAGAAAAAGUAGAAUCAAACACUUUUCAAGACUCAAAAUUGUUGGAAAAUCUUAAUUUAGCAAAAAACUAUCUUCACAUCGGCUACCAAGACACCAGCCACGCAUUAAAGAGUCUACCCAGGCUCAGAGCCUUGGAUCUCUCUGAGAAUGAUCUUAAUGAUGAAAUGAUGGCCACGCUUCUCCAAAAUCUGACAUCCCUGGAGUACCUCAAUCUUUCCGGAAACCUCUUGCAGAGACUGGAUGAGACCUCGUUCAGAGAUCUUUACCAACUCAAAGAGCUUGACCUACAGAGAAACAUCAUGUUCGAGAUUGAUGGCGCUUUUGACAACAAUCCUAAACUCCAGCGGCUCAACUUGGCCUUCAACUAUUUGCUUUGCCUGACAGACUUCCACAUGACCCAGCUGGUGGUCCUCAACGGCAGCCACAACUUCAUUGAGUGGUUCAUCUCCCGACAGGGCCUUAAUGACACUUUCCAGCUGGAAACACUUGAUCUAUCACAUAACAAACUACUCUUCUUUCCUUUCUUGCCUAACCACAGCCACAUGCGGAAUCUUUAUCUAUCCCACAACAGCGUUAGUUUUUACGAACACUUGGAAGACAACGGCACCUUCCCGAACACGACUUCAACGGUUGAGUUCUACAAUAUGAAGAAGUACACGGGCAACGUGACUGCUAAGCUGUGGGAUGAGAGCCUUCACGGUGACAUCUCUUCUCUAGAGAUUUUGGAUCUAAGAGGAAACCAGGUGCAGUAUUUUCCUCAAGGAUUCAUCCAGAAAAUGCCUGCCCUGUCUAGACUUCAAAUGUGCACGAACUGUCUGGAAACCUUAAAUCUAACAUCAGAACAGUUCUCAGGCAGCUUGUACGAAUUGGACGUUAGCAACAACAGGCUAAACCAGAUCACAGCAGAUGAAGGCACGCUGACCGCUCUUGGCAAUCUGACGUACCUUAACCUUAGCCUGAACGACCUUCAGUGGUUACCCUCAGGAUUAUUUUCCUCACUGUCAAGCCUCAGGUCAGUGGAUCUCAGUUACAACAACAUUGACAUUUGCCUUCCUGAGGAAGCUGAGAUAAAUACAGACACGAGUACAGCUUGUGCGGAUUGGAAAAACGUUGCAUCCUUGCGGCAGCUUUACCUUAAGGGAUGCAACCUUAAAAUACUUCCAUCAUAUGCAUUCUCUGGGUUGUCUCUAACGCACUUGGAACUGUCCAACAACCCUGGACUCAAUGUUCAAGAAUCAGUGCAAAGUCUCAGCGGAACGUUACAGCAUCUAGGUUUAGGAAACACUCACAUACAAGACAUGGACUUCUCCCGUUUCCAAAGUCUGAAGUCUUUAAACAUUUCGCGGAACUCUCUCUCCCACCUUCCCCCUUCCCUUGUAAAUCUUGACCUUAAAGUGCUGGAUUUGAGGGACAACAAACUGUCCACUAUUCCCUCAGGUCAGGCUAAUGCAUUAGCCCAGAAACUGCACACUGUUUUCCUCACAGGAAAUCCGUUCAACUGCUGCCAAACUGAAUGGUUUGGAACAUUUGAAACAACAAAGACAAUCAAUAUGGUCGGACAAUCAUACAUUGAAUGUGAGGAUCUCAUCCAAACGACACACAGAGUGGAGCACUUCCAGCCAUUUUUGUGUUUGAAGACAGGUGGGAAAUCUAUAGUCUGGUACAUUCUGCUUUUUGUACCCAUCUGUCUUUCUUUUGUCGGCAUUUCGAUUAUUGUUCUCCUCACCUUCAAGCCCAAAAUGCUACAAAAAUCUAUCAAAAAGAACUGCUUAAAGCCUACGACUUACUGAUACUUUAUGAACCCUAAACAAAACCAUAUCUGUACAGUAUAUUAUUCAUAAAUGUAACUGAAUGUAUGUUGGAAAUAAAUUCAAUUCAUUGUAAACCUGU